AUGCCGCCGCCGCCGCCGUCCUCAAGAUCGCCGUUUCACACAAUCCCACAACAAGAACAACCACAGGAUCAAGUCAUGGAGACUCCUUAUAUGGCGCUAUCAGAAGAUGAAAUAGUUUGGCAAAUAAUUGACAAUAACAAUAAGAUUAUGCAAAUUGCUCUCACGCUUAGUAAUGAUGAAGAUGUUCAUGGAGGCUCCGUCCAAGGUCAUGCAAUAAUGCAUCGAGAUCGUGAAGCAACACAUCAAAACUUGUUCAGAGAUUAUUUUUCAGAAAAUCCACGAUAUAGUGAAAACUUGUUUCAAAGACGUUUCCGAAUGUCUAGAUCUUUGUUUCUUCGGAUAGUAGAUGCAGUUCAAAGCCACGGCAACUACUUUCAACAACGAAGAGAUGGGCUUGGUAGACUUGUGUUGUCAACAUUACAAAAGAUAACUGCUACAUUUCGAAUGCUAAUGUAUGAUUUACCCUCAGAUGCUACUGAUGAGUAUGUGAAAAUUGGUGAAUCAACUGCAAUUGAAAGCUUAAAGAGAUUUUGUCGUGUAACUGUGGAGAUUUUUUUGAAUCAAUAUCUUCGAACUCCUAAUGCCAAUGAUAUCACAAGGUUAUUACACAUUGGGCAACAACGUGGUUUUCCUAGAAUGUUGGGCACUCAAGGUAUUGCUCCUCAUUCGCAUUAUGUCAUUCAAAACAAAGAAUAUAACAUGGGAUAUUAUUUAGCUGAUAAUAUAUAUCCUAAAUGGUCAACUAUUGUGCAAACUAUUCACGAGCCAUGUAAGGAAAAAAAAUACUUUACCAUGAAACAAGAAUCAUGCAGGAAAGAUGUGGAACGUGAAUUCAGAGUUCUACAAGCAAGAUUUGCAAUUGUUACAAGACCUGCACGUUUUUGGAGCAAGGAUGUAUUGAGUGACAUAAUGAAAACUUGUAUUAUCAUGCAUAAUAUGAUAGUUGAGGAUGAGAGAGAUCUUAGUGUACGGAUUGUUGAAUCAACAGAUGUGCCUGAACCAACUGUGGAACUCAUCAAAGAUGAAAAUGCUCGAUUUGAAAAGUUUGUGGCUCGAUAUAAUCAAAUCAAAGACAAAGAAGCUCAUAUUGCACUUCGCAAUGCAUUGAUAGAGCAUUUGUGGGAACAAUAUACUAAUUUAGAAAGUUAA